GUCAUUUUGUUCGAGGCAGGCACGAUUGCCUGAGGCACACCCCUUCCGAUCAUCGCCCGUCUUCCCGGUCGAAUCAAAUGGCCAUCCUCGAAGCCUCAUCAUGCAUACCCCGCUCCGAACUGCGCGGCCGGACGGAAUCGCAGGAGGCACCGUGGCACCUGCCUGGAUAUCCAAAGCUGGGCCAACUCAAUCAACACUGUAGACGACUUCAACCCGUCAACUACCGGUAAUUAUGGAAGAACACGACUGGCAUAGUAAUUUCCAAGAACGGCUGGAAGAAUGGGAGACGGACUUGCCGGAGUCAUAGCUCCGAACGGACCUGGCAAGAAACGGGACAGGGUACUCCAGGGUGAUAGGCCGCCGACGUUGUUGCCACCUCUCGAGGAGCGAGGCUGGGGACGGGUGGCAGCAUUUGAAGUUGGGCAAUAUUCUGGCACCAAAGGACUCAAAAACUUCGUCACCUACGACUCGAAUAGGUUGGGUGAGCCCUGUAGCCCGAAAGACCUCUUGGAUUGGUGGUCCAGCAGAAGAUACCAUGACGAUCGCACCGACACAGAUACUGCAGGUAGAGUCAUCAUCCUCGAAGACCUCGGGCGCGCGUGGAUCGAUGCCCUCUGCGACAUAUUCCCACGCAUUCCUUUCGACUUUUUUGCUCGCCACUGGGCAAAUCCUACCCUACACAACCGUGGCGCGGCCCGCCCACCAUUGGCACAAGACCCGCGAUACCACUGUGUACUGUCGUACACCCAGCUUCACGACGCCAAACUUUCAAAUCCUAGCGAAACUCCCGAAUUUCACCGCCUGGCCGGAUCCGCUUACAGAACUAUCUCAUUCGGCCAAGACGAGCCCAAGGACGACCGCCCGGAUGGGUACGAUACAAGCAGUUCGGGGGGGCGGAAAUCUCGACAACCUGAAGAAGAUAGGAUGGCGCCUCAACCGGCCGUGAGCCAGCAGCUAGUUAGCUUUUGGGGAGCGGAACCAGCUAGCUCUGGGAAACCCUGGGAAGCUGUGAUACUGGUAGACCCCCCACUCGACAGCGAUAUCAACCGGGCAAUAUACUUUGAGAACUGGGAGACUGAAAAUGACGGUUCCGGGACAAAGGCUCGAACCCGCUGGAGGAACUGGGAACGGUACACACCAGCGAAAGCGUCAAUUCCGACCCUCCCAAAACUUACGCAGAGUGUGGGGGGAAAGCCGAAGCGACUGAAAGGGGUAUCCAUGUUUGACGAUAUUGUGAGCCUCCUGGGGGAGAGCUUGACACCCCUAGGAGAGAAACAUACCCUUCGCGAGACCGAACCAUCAUUUGGCUACUUCGAGACCUUGGCCGGGGAAGUAGAAGUCGGGGAUGUAGGAAGGCUCUGCUGCCAUAUGGUCAUGGCCAAGACAGCCGUGGAGAUGCAACAAAUGUUUGGCGACGCCUACCGCCUCAAGCUCGUGUCGGCACUCGAGCUCGAUCUGCGAGAUAUUGCCGCCUUCAACUUCAAAGAUUUCGAUCACCGCGCCUGGAAUCUCAAGUGGGAGGGGCGUCGAUUCACACGGCUGUGGAAGAAGCGUGAGGAGCUGGAGCUUCUGCGGUACAGGCUAAAACUCAACAUCAGAACCGUUGAGAAUAUCUUGAACUCGGGUGACUUUUAUCCGCGCUCAAUCGUUAGCACUAGACAUGAGAUCGACUCGAAUCGGCGCCGGAGGGAACUUGAACUCACCCAGGAACGCCAGAGGGAACUUGAACUCAACUGGGAACGCCAGGCGGAACUUGAACUGACGGAAUGGAAAAACCUGGAACUAACGGCAGACUACGCCGAUGAGAUGAUCAGGAGGACAACGGAGAGCUACCUCCAGACAGUCGCUGCGUGUCAAGCAUCGGCUGCAACCGCCCAGGCAAAUUUCGUCGGCCAAAUUACCAAAAUGGCAUCGGUUUUCGUUCCUGUCAGCCUCAUCGCUGCCAUCUUUUCCAUGGGGGGCAAUUUUGCAGCUGGUAGCGAGCUCUUUUGGAUCUUCUGGGCAGUUUCGAUGCCCGUCGCGGUCGGGUUGAUUGCGUGGAUGUUUGGGAAAGACAUGUGGGGGAUGGCGAAGGAAUUUAUCAUCGAAACCGGUCGGUCUUUUCGGGUUUGGUUUGACACCAAUGUCCGGAAGAAACCGAAGGCACCCAAGGUUGAGAACGUUGGCUUCGGAAUGGCCUGAGUCUUUUGUCCUCGGUGCUACUCCUGGAUACAGUAGGGAGGGAGGGGUUUAGGUGCCACAGGUCUGCGUUUCACGUCACAGUAUUAUUGUAGCUAUGUACCCAACAGCGAAAGGGUUGUGAGGUAAGGUACCUUGGUGCAUCGCCGUUUGUUUCUUCCCUCAUCCAACCUUUCUCGGUUUAUUUUACGGCCGGAACCGGGUCGCCUCCUGGGAGGUACCUGACGGACCAACCUACCCCAUUUCCCCCUACUAGGACUACUAGCUCGAGCUACAACAACGAGCGCAAUCCUCGAACAUCGUUAACACCCUCACCGCCCCAGCAAGCAAGCUAGCAUUCACAAUCAAACUUACACGUUGAAAGGAACGAAAAGUUGUCACAGAGCGCCAACAAGCA